AUGCUGAAGUUGGUGUUGUUCGUCGGUCUCGUUGGCCUCGCAGUGGCUUACGACUUCCAGGACCCGUACUACAAUCAGAUACUUCUGGAAGACAUGCUGGAAGCGUCCGAGGACAGCGUCUUGUUGGGACGGUUCCGUCGAUCCGCCGGGGACUCGCUGGAUGAAAAGUGCUCGCGGCGCAGCCACAAGUGCUGCAACGACGACAACGUGGAAAAUGUGGACAAGAUCAAGGAACUGAAGCGACAGUGCUUCGCCGAGCAACGCCUGAAGAGGAAAGAGGAACCGGUCGAUAUGUUCUCCUGCGAGCGGGUCAACAAGACCCGGAAGGACGUAAACUGUGCCAUGGAGUGCGUCGGUCGCAAGAAGAACAUCGUGGCCGACGAUGGAUCGCUGCUGGAGGACAAGGUGCUCGAGUUUGCCAAAACCGAGAUCGCACCCGAAGAGUGGCUGGCUCCCUUGGUGGCCGGUUUUGUUGACACGUGCAUCAAGGAGGUCAAGGAGAAGAGCGUCAAAAGCCCGCGGGAAUCCGGCCAGUGCAAUCCGGAAGCGUCCGCGUUCGGCUACUGCAUGUGGCGCCAGAUAUCGACGGCGUGUCCGAAGGAGAAGCAAAUCGUAAGCCGCCGGUGCGAUCGUAUCCGCGAGAAGUUGGCCAACAAGGAGUCGCUGCACUACCUUCAGGCGGUCGAAGCGGUUGAAGAUGUGUAG